AAAACAACCCUACCCUGAAAUUCGCAUUGACAAGGAGAGUUGGGAAGGGUUUCCACUUUAUCUAUUCUCCCUUUAAUGAAAGCUUACCCUGGAUUGGGGGAGUAGAGACAGCAGAGGGUGAGAGGAAGAAAAUGGAGGCAGGAGCCACACUGAGAGCCGUGGUCACGGAAAUAAACAAGGGUGUUCACAUUUAAAAAAAAGAAAGCCAUGCUUCUGUGAUGUGCCUCCCUGUCCCUGUAGGACCAAACGACAGUUUGACCACAGGCCGGGCGGGCUACCCUGGACAGGUUGCGCCUCGGUCCCUCUCUCAAACUCCCGCGGUUCCUUUAAUAGGCGGGGCCGGAACCAGCGGCGAGUCCCCCGCUUUGUACGUGUCGGGGGCGGAGUUCCCAGACGGCCCUUGCAGCAUGGCCGCCGGCACCGCCGCCGCUUUAGCGUUCCUGAGUCAGGAGAGCCGAGCCCGGGCCGGGGGUAUCGGCGGUCUGCGGGUCCCGGCUCCGGUCACCAUGGACAGUUUUUUUUUCGGCUGUGAGCUCUCCGGCCACACCCGCUCUUUCACCUUCAAGGUAGAGGAAGAGGACGAUGCGGAGCAUGUGCUGGCUUUGACCAUGCUCUGCCUCACCGAGGGGGCCAAAGAUGAGUGUAAUGUGGUAGAAGUCGUGGCCAGGAAUCAUGACCACCAAGAGAUUGCAGUCCCCGUGGCCAAUCUGAAGUUGUCCUGCCAACCCAUGCUGAGUUUGGAUGACUUCCAGCUUCAGCCACCUGUAACCUUCCGCCUGAAAUCAGGUUCUGGCCCUGUGCGGAUCACUGGGAGGCACCAGAUUGUUACUAUAAGCAAUGACGUUUCUGAGGAAGAAGAGAGUGAGGAAGAAGGUAGUGAGGAGGAAGAAGCUGAGUUGUGCUCCAUCCUGCCUGCCAAGAAGCAGGGGGGUAGGCCUUAGCCUUCUUGGUUGGCUAGCUGCCUGCCCCAUGUGCCAUGCACCAUUUUCCUGUACAAGUUUUAAGAAAUUUAAAUGUGGCUUCUCCAUUGAAGAGGGUGGAGAGGUGGGGUCUUGGGCUGGUGCUAGGAGAGAGGGUGGUCCUAUCCCUCAUAGAGCCCUGGUGUUUUCUAAUCUUUAGGCCCUACUUGAGUUUCUCUUUUCUCCAGGAUUGGGAGGAACUCUGAACUUCUGUCCUCACCCUCUCUUCCCCCUUGCCUGUGGGAUUGGAGAUCAGCAUCUGAAGCUCAGGACUACACAUUUUUAAUACUUUUUACAUUUUUGGAUAAAGGUUCAAAUAAAGUGAUGUGGAGUUUUUUUGCAA